UCUCAGUCUGUGUCUCCUCGGGCUUCUUCUCCAGCUCGUCAAGGAGAAAGAGAAGAACAAGCAGAAAGACAAUCCACAACAAGUGCAGCCGCCCCCCCCCUCUCAUGUGCGGAAAGGUUUCUCCAGGCAGCGGCUCUGCGACGGUGUGUGUGUGUGUGUGAGUGAGUGUGUGUCUGCGUGUGUGUGUGUGUGUGUGAUCGGUUUUGCAGGAAGGCAGCAACUGCAGCUUUCCCACUCAACUUCCGCUAAUGACCUGAAUUAACCGAGAGUUUUUGCACCGGACGUGUUUUUGAACUUGUCACCAGCCGCUUCGAGCUGUGUCCGGACGGCUCUUCUCUGAAGGUGUUGUUACUUCACACUUUGCAACAUGGCUGCUGCCGCCGCCGCCGCCGCUGCUGCUGCGGGAACCACCGUGCGAAGAAAAGUUUAACACCGACCCGGGAGAAGUUGUAGGCGAGCUGCUGCAUGAGUUGUCGCCCGGAGAAGGAAGCGGUCCCUCCCGGAGCCUGACACCGCCGUGCCCGCCCCGGAGGAGCCGAGUGAGAGCCGCCUCCUCCCGUGUCGUCCGCCCGCCGACAGACACACAGGCACUGCAGUGGACUUUGUGGUGAAACUGGUUCCUCUUCUUCUUCAUUUCUUCUUCUCCUCCAUCGUUGAGCUGCUGGGACUCUCCACAGCAGCUAAAAGACAACAUGCAUUUUUCCAUACCCGAAACAGAGGUCCGCUCGGGAGAAAAUGGAUCGACAUAUGUGGCCUACAACAUCCAUGUCAACGGGGUGCUGCACUGUCGGGUACGCUACAGCCAACUUCUUGGCCUCCACGAGCAGAUAAAGAAAGAAUAUGGCAGCAACGUGGUGCCUGCCUUCCCCCCAAAGAAAAUCUUCACACUGACUCCUGCUGAGGUCGAACAGAGACGGGAACAGCUGGAGAAAUACAUGCAGGCUGUGCGUCAGGAUCCGUUGCUGGGAGCCAGUGAGAUGUUUAACAGCUUCUUAAGGAAAGCACAGCAGGAGACGCAGCAGAUUCCCACAGAAGAUGUUGCUCUGGACAUCUGCCUCUCCAACGGUCAGAAGGUCACUGUCAACAUUCUGACCUCAGAUCAGACGGAGGAUGUCCUGGAUGCUGUUGCGACAAAGCUCGACCUUCCGGACGACCUUGUUGGUUAUUUCAGUCUCUUCCUCAUUCGUGAGGGUGUGGAUGGAGGUUUAACAUUUGUGCGGAAGCUGCAGGAGUUUGAGCUGCCUUAUGUAUCCAUCACCAGCUUGCGGAGCUCUGAAUUCCACAUACUCCUACGGAAGAGCUAUUGGGACAUGGCGUACGAUGGUGAUGUGAUGGACAACAGAGUCGGCCUGACUUUGUUAUACGCACAGACUGUGUCUGACAUUGAGCGAGGCUGGAUACUCGUCAACAAAGACCAGCACAGGCAGCUCAAAUCACUGCAGGAGAAAGGAUCCAAGAAAGAGUUCAUCCAUCUAGGUCAGACGCUCAAAUAUUAUGGCUACAUCAAGUUUGACCCGUGCGUUACCGACUUCCCCGAGAAGGGCUGCCAGGUCAUCGUCAGCGCCGGCAACAACGAGCUCAACUUCCACGUCAAGCUGCCUAACGAGCAGAUGAAGGAGGGGAGCUUCAAGGUCACGCGCAUGAGGUGUUGGCGAGUCACGUCUUCUCAAGUCCCAAUCGCCAACGGUACAACCAAUCCCUGCAGCUCGGCCAAAUGCGAGACGAAGCUGGAGCUGGCCUUUGAGUAUCUGAUGAGCAAGGACCGCCUCCAGUGGGUCACCAUCACCAGUCAACAGGCGAUCAUGAUGAGUAUCUGCCUCCAGUCUAUGGUGGAUGAAUUAAUGGUGAAGAAGUCAGGUGGCAGCAUUAAAAAGAUGCUGAGGAAACGACACAACGGCUCCAUCCACCGAACAGACAGUCAGCAAACUGUGAAAUCACCCCCCCUGCUGGAGUCCCCUGACCAGAACCGUGAACAGAUCGUCAAACUCUCUACCAAGCUGAGCUCGGUGUCCCUCCGAGGGAUCAGCGCCUCCAACUCGGCAAACGACAUCAGCGGCAACGAUUUCCACGGCAACUACGCUUUUGAGGGAAUCGGCGACGACGACCUGUAACCCCGACCUCCUCAGAUUCUCCCUCCUCCCCUCUUCAUUCCACUGUCAACAACUGGGAUGACAAAGAUUAUGAGCUGAGCUGAGCCGAGCCAAGCGAACCACACACACUCACACACACACGUGUCCGAUUCUGCAAGAUUGUAGCUUCUUCCUGGAGAAAUCGCUGCCUUAAGCUCUCAUGUAAUCAUCAACAGUGUCCUUUUUUUUUUACCCUUUUAAAAGCUCAUUUUUAAUUUGCAUUCAGGUCAAAAUUAUCGUAAUCAGUUGAAGCGUCGACUGUUUUUUAUUUAACUCGUGGCAACACAAUAAAUAGCAUGUAAGGCUACAGGUACUCAAACAGAAUUCCUUUCUGUAUGCUACUGCUUCUGUUUCAGUCACACAGGUCACUGUUUGAUCAACAGUACGUGUGAAGUUCUUUAAUGCAGUUAGAGUCUCGAGGUACCGCGCAAAACUAAUGUAGUCUGAAUUCCAUGAAGAAAACCUGCUACAUCCUGGAUUCUUCCCCCAGCGGCUGCAUGUUCCUGUCUAACCAGAGAGCCAAAUGUUCAGUUAGACCUGGCACUAGUGAUGAAAGAGCAGAGCCCGAUGUGUGGAAAUUGAUCUCUUAACUGGAGAUUAUUCAGAGCAACUGCUUGUAUAUGGAUGGAAUGGUUGGCUUGGCUAUAUACCAAAAUGUCAUAUUUUUAUACUGUCAGUGAUCCUCAUGCUCUUCACGUGCCAAGUCUGUAAAUAUCUUGAAGGAGACAUAUGAUGCUGUUUUCAGUUUCUCUUUCCUCUAGUGUGUUUUUAUAGCCUGGUUGUGUGUGUAAAAAGUCAAAAAGGUCAAAGUCCACAUUCAAGCGAGCUCUUCUGCCAACACUGCUCCUGAAGCUCCUGAAGCUCCUGAGGCUCCUGAAGCCCCUGAAGCUCCUGAAGCUCCUGAGGCUCCUGAGGCUCCUGAAGCUCCUGAGGCUCCUGAAGCCCCUGAAGCUCCUGAGGCUCCUGAGGCUCCUGGACCUUGUGAAGCUCCCGAAGCUCCUGGAGCUUCUGAGGCUCCUGAAGCCCCUGAAGCUCCUGAGGCUCCUAAAGCUCCAGAAGCUCCUGAAGCUCCUGAAACACAGGACACAUUUAGACGUCGUAGGUUUCAGUGGAAAUCACGCUCGGGGGGCCUUAAAGAGACAGGCGCUAAACCCAAGUAUUUCAGACAGAGGCUGAAAAGAGGAGCUGCUGCAAUGGACAGUUUGAGGAAAGAGUUUUCUGAACACAUAACAAUAACCCAAAUUUACCAUUUAGAAUCUGAGCAGAAUAUGUCUUCUUUAACAAGAUACCGGUGGUGUUUCCAUCUUACGCUGGAGGCACAGUCUCUCAUACUGCCUUCAGAAGUCGUCUGAUGCCUUAACUUUUCCUUUUUUUUUUAUGAUUUUGCCUCGUGGAUUAGCUUGUCGUCCCAACGCGACUCUGGCUCAAACCUUAAAGAAGCGUCAGCCGGUGCAUCCUAGGAUCUUGCAGAACUUGAUAGAUGGUUGAUUUGGCCGAGCUGCUUGCACUUGCUGAACCCAUCGUUUUUGCACAGUAUUACAGGUGGAGAUGAUUGUUCGAGUGGAAGCUUGAGCGCGACUUAACACACUUUGUGGAGUUUUGUUUUCCAAGGGGGCUCAGUAAAUCCAUCUGUGAUUCUUCUUCUUUUUUUUUUUUUUACAAUUUUUUAAAGGUUUCUCAUUAAUGCCAAAUUAUAGUUUACUAAAGCAUUUUGCACAGAAUAUAAACAAAAAAAUUAUGACAAUGUCACUUUUUAUAUUAUGUACAUGCAAUUAAGUAUUCUGAACAUUUACUAAUAUCUUUAUCAUCUUAGCUUAUUGUAAUCGAAUAGAUCAAAUGUAAUCUAAGCUGUAUAGAACAAAAAGUUUAAGUGGACUAACAUUUAUCGUUGUUUACAUAAUGUUUAGGGGACUUUUUUUUGUGUUUUAGUUCAAAUGGAAAGUGUUUACAAAUUUUUGCAUCUGAUUUUCUUUGUCUUGUUCUUGUUGGGCGAGUACCAGUGGAGCAUUGUUAGGGGCUCCAGUUCAUUUGGAAUCUGUACGUACAUUGUGCCAAUCAUCUCAGAGGAUUCACGCUCACGUGAUCACAAUUGCUGGAGUGAGGGAACGUUCAUGGAGGGCGGGCGACCAACACAUCCCGCCGUCGUUCCAUAUUUUUUAAUAGCAGUUUCAAAAAAGCUGCGUCUCGGCCUUUGUUGAAGCCUCUCAAUGUAAACCGACACCCAACCUGUCAGCAGCUUUACCGGUAGCCACAACUGUAAAGAAAAUGUUCUCGAGAAAAAUGUCUUGUUCUUUCACUGCUGUGCUUCUUCUUCUGUCUUCAGUUGUAUUUUUAUCUAGAGGGACGUGGACACCAGCCUUCUUUUAUUUUCUCACUUCCUGUCGCCACCAAGCCCACGGAAGCCGCAAGGUCCCGGGUGUUUUUAAUGUGUAGGUGCCAAAUCACACGUGGAGUGCAUUAACGCCAGCGUCACUAUUAAACUAAAUGUCCAACUUUCAUGAAAACUCUAUUGACUUGAUUCAUUCCACUGUUCAUCUUUUUGAUUUGAGUGGUAAGGUCGGGGACAAGUCUGUCCUGUCUGUUUGUCAUGAUGCUAAAAUAAAUUCUGAAAUGAAA